AUGUUGACGGGUCUGCGGCAGAGGGACCUCCAAAAAGGGUUCGAUAAGCACGCUCGUGGAGAUGGGAUCGAACACCAAUCUGUUCAAUACGACUCGAGCUGUAACACCGGCAACGGGAAAGGUAUCAACAGCGAUUGGAGGGCUAAGAACUACAUCUGGAGCGGUAACAACGGCGAUGGGAGGGGUAACAAAGGCGAAUGGAGGGCUAAGAACUACGAAUGGAGCGGUAACACCGGCGAUGGGAGGGGUAACAACGGCGAAUGGAGGGCUAAGAACUACGACUGGAGCGGUAACAACGGCGAUGGGAGGGGUAACAACGGCGAAUGGAGGGCUAAAAACUACGCAUGGAGCGGUAACACCGGCGAUGGGAGGGGUAACAACGGCGUAUUGAGGGCUAAGAACUACGACUGGAGCGGUAAUACCGGCGAUGGUAGGGGUAACAACGGCGAAUGGAGGGCUAAAUACUACGACUGGAGCGGUAACACCGGCGAUGGGAGGGGUAACAACGGCGAAUGGAGGGCUAAGAACUACGACUGGAGCGGUAAUACCGGCGAUGGGAGGGGUAACAACGGCGUAUGGAGGGCUAAGAACUACGAAUGA